AUCUGUGAUGAGCGUGGGAUGACGACUUUGCUACUGGGAAAAUACAGUAUUACAUACUAGACCCACGAUUGCUACAACAUAGCUGACAGUCACAUCUGAAGCAUUGCUAAAGGUGAUCAGAAGGUCAUAGCAGCGUUUGCAUAGAAUUAUAUAUGUACUGUACCAAUAGGAGAACAGAAAGCAAAGAGGAAAUAGGAGUGUACUGUACUGUAUAUUGCCUGCAUCAGAAAAGGCUUUACUAAAUUACCGCAAUAUCCUGAAAAGAUUGUGUUCUCCUUCAAGGUUUUAAUAUGGCACCAGUAAGAGCAACUAAAGCAAAACAAGAUGAGGAAGCCACAUUAACAGAGGAAAGGCACAUUCACCUUUCAAAUCCUCACCUGGAAAAAAUGAAAGAAGACAUAUUGUACCAUUUUGAUCUUGGAACAAGUACUCAUGAUUUCCCAGCCCUGUUUGGUGAUGUUAAGUUUGUAUGUGUUGGAGGCAGUCCAUGGAGGAUGAAAGCGUUUGCUCAGUACAUUACUGGAGAACUGAAGCUGGGAGACCCUAAAGCGGAUAUUGAUAACAUUUGUGCAGGAACUGACCGCUAUGCUAUGUACAAAGUAGGACCAGUGCUUUCAAUCAGUCAUGGAAUGGGGAUUCCAUCUAUCUCUAUAAUGCUUCAUGAGUUGAUCAAACUGUUGUAUCAUUCUAAAUGCUCUGAUGUCAUUGUUAUUCGUAUUGGUACAUCAGGAGGCAUAGGUAUUGAGCCAGGUUCUGUGGUGAUUACAAGUCAGUCUGUAAAUCCCUGUUUUAAACCUGAAUUUGAACAGAUUGUUCUUGGAAAGACAGUGGUUCGUAGUACAGAAUUGGAUGCUGAAUUAGCCCAAGAGUUCGUUAAAUGCAGUCAAGAAAUCAAUGAGUUCAAUACACUGGUUGGAAAUACUAUGUGCACAUUGGAUUUUUAUGAAGGUCAAGGACGUCUUGAUGGUGCAAUCUGCUUAUACACAGAAGAGGAGAAAAUGCAGUACCUGAAAGCAGCAUAUGAUGCUGGAAUUAGAAACAUUGAGAUGGAGUCCUCAGUGUUUGCUGCAAUGUGUAAUAUCAGUGGACUGAAAGCUGCGGUUGUUUGUGUUACAAUUUUGAAUCGUUUGGAAGGAGACCAAAUCACCAGCUCACACGAUGUUCUGGCCGAGUUUCAGCAAAGACCCCAAAAAUUGGUUGGAUACUUUAUAAAAAAGCACUUGGCCCAAACUGAACUAUGAUGGCUGUCAAAGUCUGUCAUAUACAGUACUGUGUUAGAUGAAAACAACUAAGAUAUUCUGUAAUUAGAAAUUCUACAUGUUCCCCAUAUUCUUUUAUGAUGCACCGCUGUGUUGCAAUAUAGAUUUAUAGAUACAUCCUAAACAUUAAUGGAAAAACCUCACCGUGUUUGUUUAAUGUUACAUAUAAUUAAAUAUACAGUAUAACAACUAAAUAGUUCCAUUUAGGUAAUAGAAAAAAACCCAAAACAUAAUUAGUAUUGUUUUGAUGACCUCUUGUAUGGCAUUUUUGUUAAGGCCCAUGCACACUUGCCGAUAAAAUGAGCAACGUUGCUUAUUUUCCCCCUUCCUGAGUGACAUCGCUAAUUUUAUCGGCAAGUGUGUAUGCCACCAGCGAUGAUCGAUACGCUGCCCCGCCGGUCUGCAACGAUCGUCGCUGUCGGCAGUGCAUGCAAGCUCGAUCUGGACUGUCGUCCAGAAGCUGCAUGCACAGCUAUCGGCUGCGUGAUGUCACUGAGCGAUAUGAGCUCAGGCGGCCGCCGACCACCCGGCCCGGGAAACACUAGGCGACGUCUCUCAUAGAGCGACGUCGUCUAGUGAGUAUGAACCUUUGGUCUGCAGCUAUGUUUUAUAUUAAUGCAUAUAAAUAAAGGGAAAGCUAUGCCUGUGACUAGUAGAACAGAUGGCAAAGUGCAAUUUAGUUUCAUAAUAAUGCAGCACCAUCAGAUAUGGUGAAAAAUGUACCCUACAUAGCAUGACAAUAACUGGAGCCGUGGGUCUGGUCCGUGCAGCCCUUUAUACUGAAGUUUCAUGGUUCAUCAACAGUACCAAAUGAAAACAGGAAUGUGCUCCUACUGGCCAGGAGGUGCUAUGAGGACCAGUCAGUAACUGCAAUCCCAGAGGUUUUGAGUUUUGAAUGAUCUUCUCACCAACCCAAGAGAGAUCGAUAUUAAAGCUUGCCUUUAAACUGCAUUCAUUCAAAUACUGUUAGCAAAAACCUUCAUGAAGCCUUUACUUAUGUUAACUUCAAAUUUGUUACCAAUUUUAAUGCAUUUGACUAAACGUUGUAUAUGGUGUAUAAAGUUGAAUUUGACUAUAAUUUGUAUAUACAGUAUGGUGCAAAUGUAAAACUGUACAUCAGGCUUUUUUAUAAUGUUUAACAGAAUAUACUUAAGUCUUAUUUAACUUUUAUUU